UACUCGAAUCAGAGCUCGUGUGUCCUUUCCCGUAUUCCGUAGGCAUUCCUUCACUGUCGGUGUGCAGAGACGACUUCGGUAAACCCCCAAAUCCUGCUCCAGUUGUACAUUAUGGAAGAGAUUAAUAACGUUGAAGUCGUUCCGUGCACAGAGUCCGAAUACCUGAAGCCGUUCCGGGUGCUCUACAAUCAGAAUGGCACAAAGAAAUCCUGGGACUUUAUGCAGAGUCACGACAGUGUAUCUGUGCUGCUCUUCAACACCACCUCUCACUGUUUUGUCCUCGUCAAGCAGUUCCGUCCAGCUGUUUACAUGUGUGAGUGGGAAAAGGCCAAGACGAAGACCUCUCAGGGCGCCGAAAAGACCGAAGAGGGCGACGCCUCCGAAUCUCAAGAGGGCCAGUCGGCCUCGGCCGAGGAAAGCUCUCCUUCGUCCCAGUGGCCCCCGGCCUCGGCGGGGGUCACCUACGAGCUCUGCGCCGGCCUGGUGGACAAACCGGACCUGUCGCUGGAGGAGAUCGCCCGGCAGGAAGUGCUGGAGGAGUGUGGCUACGAUAUACCAGCCUCCAAGCUGAAGAGGAUCACUUCGUUCAGAACAAACGUGGGGUUAAUAGGCUCGAAGCAGACCAUGUUUUACGCCGAGGUUUCCGACGACAACUGCGUGAGCGCCGGCGGAGGCGACCCGCGCGAGGGGGAACUCAUCGAGGUUGUCAAAGUCCCGCUGCACGAGGCCAUGACGUUUGCCUACGACGAACGUAUACCCAAAUCCCUGGGCCUCAUUUUUAGUUUCAUCUGGUUCCAUAAUAACAUGUCUCCCAAGUACAAGAUAUCCACCAAUGUGUAACUAACGUUAGCCACUAUUUCUAUUAUUUACUGCAUAUUAAAGUCAGACACACUGGCCCGGCACACCCUCUGCUCCCUCACUGCUCAUCCUGUGUUGCCUUUUCUGCUUAUUGGUACACAAAGCAGGGUGGGCUCCUUGUUUUGUCCUUAUCAUUUCUUUUUUUUUUUUAUUAUUAUUUUUUUAUGUAUUUUAAAUACUCUCCUACAAAAAACCAGUUUGGCGCUGGUGCAGCUUCUCUUAAAUAUUUUUUUUAUAUACUAAUUAUUUAUUUCUCAUGUGCCAUCUCUUGUUAAUGGCAUCAUAACACUCUUCAUAUUUGCCUGCACAAUUAAAGGAAGGCUCUGGCGCUCUUGGAUGUUUUCUAUUUUACAUCAUUGUAGCCAUUUUUUAGGUAUUUUAAUUAGGCCUGUCACAAUAAUAAAUUUUGCCGGACGAUAAAUCGCCCCAUAAGUUAUUGCGAUGAACUAUAAUAUUGUUUUUUUGAGACCAUUUUCAAGUAAUAAAAUGGCAAAUAUCAUUAACCUUUCAUUUUUUAACAAACAUUUAACUCUAGAAAUGGAAGAUACUUUAAAUAUCCAAAUUAAAUAAACUGAAAUACUAAAUAAAAUUAAUUUUAAAGUCUCUGUAAAUAAAACUGUUCUUCAACAAAGGGGUUAGUUGAGACCAACACACCAGACUUGAGACUUUGGUUGUCCAAUUUUUGGUAGAAAGAUCAAUAAACCAUGCAAAUGGAAAUUAUUGAGCUCAUUCUAAAGGCUCAUGUGAUUAAUUGAUUUAUUGCUUAUUGCAACAGGCCUAAUUUAAACACCUUUGUAAGUUAGGCAUGGGCUGGUUUGUACAGACCCUUCAGAGGACAUGGGGAAACUUUUUUCUUUUGCGUUCUCUUGCAAUAAUACUAAUCAGUUCAUGAGGCAUAAUUGAAUGCUGUAAGCCUUUCUUACGACGCCGCUGUACUUUCUGCUUUAAGUUAUGUAAGGUUUUCGCAUGAAUGUUAAUAUCUCUUUGUGAGAAAUCUGAAGUUUUAUAUCUUUUUAACAAUGUUAGGAAAACCACCAAAAACCUAUAAACAGAAACUUUCCAUAAGUAGGAAAGAAAUAAAAAUACAUCUAAACUAUUUGGACUAUUUCUGAGUUAUUAUCGUGGGUUAAUGAGUCAUCUGACAGUCCUGAUUGUGUCUCUAUUGUGCUGGUUGUCUGAAUGGUUUAAAGGGCCGUUUUCAUGGGCAGUUCCAUCUCAACCUUACACAAACAGACAUAAACAUGCAAAAUCGAGUUUCAAUCAGUUUUUUUUUCCACCAAAGAGUUUAUAAUAAACACGUUUUCACUGAGGCUCUAUAAGAGCCAUAUGAAUGAAAUAAGUAAUUAUUGAUGUGACAGGAGCAGGCGACUUUGACACUUGGGUGGUGGAUGUGGCUGUCAGCAGGGUUACUGGUGCUCUGGCUUUGUGUGUAUGAGGAAGCGUGGUCAUAGUCUGUUGACCGUGUUGUAGUGCCGUUGAACGUUGUCACUUGUGCGUUGUUUGGCCUGGUCAGUCUGCAUUGCAGUCCUUGUAAAGUUUGAAGCAUGAUAAUCAAAAUGGGAUAAAUCGAUAGUUGUGACAAAGAAGUGGACUGGAGUUGAUGGAUACAGGACAGAUGAGAUUCCCUGAGUCGACCCAGUGCUGCCCUCUGCCACCAUUUGCUGCACAUUUUGGCUCUUUAAAUAUGUAUAUAUUUGAAAUGUUAAUUGACAUUCGUGACUGUAUACAAAAUAGAUCAGUAAAUAUUGCAGUAAGCAUAUUGCGAGGGAACGCAAAAGAAAAAAAGUUUCCCCAUGUCCCCUGGAGGGCUCCGUAGGUUUGGAUUCCCACCAGUUUUAUGGUAUUUUCUCCAAAACUGUGAGCAAAAAUAUACAUUUAAAAAAAAAAAAAAAAUCUUUCUGCUUUUAUUUUGAAAAACACCAUUAUUAUUACUUUUCAAAUAACAUUGAAUAUUACAGCGAUGAUGUUGAUUUUGAUGCAUAAAACAAACAACUGUCUAUGUAUUUCAUGACUGGAAAUAUUUCCAAAUUUAUCUUUGUUGCAUGUGAAGGUAAGUCAAGCUAACUCUCUGUGUUUUAACAAUAUGUAGGGGAGGGGCAGUGUUGCAUUACCUGAAUCUCUGCUGAAUAAAUGGUGUAACCUUGGUAUACAGUAACAAUAACCGGCCCAUGCCUACAGUAGAAGGCAGUUAAACGUCACAAACAUUUCAAUAAUGCAAAGACUCACCGUUUAGAAACACGUUUCCAUUUAUAGGUACCUAAAAAGCAACAUUUUAACAAUGAAUUUAACCCACAUUUACCCUUCAUUCACCCUAAAACUGAACCGGACAGCAGAUAAUCACCCAGUUAUGCAAAAAUAUUGAGGUGUUCAGGCAAGCCAUAUGUAAUUCCUUCAGUCCCCGUCCUUUAAGCAAUAGCUGUUCUACUACCCAAUGCUGAAAAAUCAUUUAUUAGCCUUGAAAUUAGUGCCAGUCGAGAUAUAAUCAACCCUCGAUCACACAGGGAUAUCACACCCAACUUUACUCAGAGGGAACUGAAGCACAAUCAUGCUAGAAAAUUAUGUACAGCAGAACUUUUUGAAUAAAAUAAAAGCUAUAUAUGUAAUGUAUUUUUCUUUGCUGAUGACAGUUUAAGCUCUAAUAAAAUUAAGCUCAUUAACACACUCAAAUCCACUCUUAGCAUCUUUGUUUUAAAAGUUACCUACCCUUGCAGAUAAUUAGUAAGAAUGGAUCAUUUUUCUUUUCCAUAGGAACUUUAGGAAGACAUUAAUUAGCAUUUCCGAAAAGAACAUUCUUUCUAUACACAAGUUACAAGAAAAGCCUCAAACUCACAAAUACACGGCUAAUCUCUGAACAUCAGCAAAUUGCCAAAUCUCAGGUCCAACUAUUUCAACCUUAUACUUUUAACAAAUCUUUGAAUGUGACAAUGAUCAGCAUGUCAUUAUUUAUAAUCCUGAAACAUCCCAUUUCAGAAUCACUUCCAGCUUGUGUAUCCGAAGACAUCCGAGUGUCCUCUGUAUUUUCAUUAAAGGGCUGGUACUUCAUUAAUUAUUUCAUCUGUAAAAACAAAAUAAUUCCCACACAGAUGUGUUAAAAUAAUAUGCAAGAUCUGAAACAACGGCCAUAGUGUUUGUGCAACACGGUGAUGUUCGUGUAGAGCAGAUGACACGUCUCGAAACGAGGAAAAAAGAAAAAUCAAGUAACUGAUCUGUUGUUAAAUGUGGUGCCACAAGAAUGCCUUGGGAGAUAUAAGGCUGUGUGAAGUGCAAUGUUAAAAAUACUUAUUAGAAAUGAUUUAUUUUGUUUUGUACAUCAAAACAAAAUAUAACAUUAGCUUAAGCCUAAUGUUGAUUUUAAUUCAACAAUUGUAAGGUAGUGUUUUUUUUUUUUUCAAAUAUUUCUCUUUGGUUUGUUCAUUGAGUUUCCAGUUUUUUAGCAACAGCUGAUGCAGCUCAAAUUUCUCUAUAUUUAUAUAAAAAGACAGCUGACUCCAAACUUAAUUAGAAAAGUAGACCACUAAACCCUACUUAAAAAUAAAGGUUAGUCCCCAUUUACACAGGAUUAAGACUGCCUUCCUUUUUACCGCUGCUUUCCUGGUCAUCUUAUCACUUUGCUACCAGCAUUCGGGUCAUAUCUGUACUGCGAUGUAAUUUAACAGUGUGCAUAACUUCCCAUUGCAUGUUAUCGUUUACAUCUGAAAAUUUGGCGCAUUUGCACAAUGCUGAACAGCAUAAAAUUCAUUCUUUUACAUGCCAUUGCUGGUGCGGUAGAACAAAAUGAAACAUGGAGAUGUAGAUAUUAUUAAUUUGGUGCUGUGCGCCACAGCAAAGGGGGAAAAUAAUGCAGAUAAACCACUUUUUUUUUUCUUGCUGUUGCAACUGACAACAGCGCCACCUUAUGUUUCAGAAUUGAACACCAAAAAACACUCAAACGUUUCCCACAGUCUGUUACAGUUUUAAGUUUUUAUUGUGAUCUGUCAGAGUUGGUGUUUAGGUCACCUUUUUUUAUUUUGUAACUGAGCCAAAACACACCGAUAUCCUACGUCACAUCCAUAUGUUAACAUCGUAAAAGUCAAGCUAGUAUAACUGAACUACUUCUCUCUCCUUUACUCAUUUUCACUCUAGUUGUUGUAGUGUUGAUAAUUAGUAGCAAAGCACUGCGUCCCUUUUUCUCUUAUAUAUGAGGUGUACAUUUAAGAUUUAGCGCGUUAUAUUGACAACGUAACAGCUAAAACCAAUGGUAGUCAUUGUAAUGUCCGAAUUUUGUGACGUUUUCUCUCGCCAUUUAUUGGCCAUAGGUCCUUAAGGAGCUUAUGCCUCCUUAAGACCCAUCUCAUUCACUAAUGUCAAUUUGGUAGCAAAACUUAUUUUAUCACGCUGUGAUAACAGUUGUAGUACGCCGACAACAUGCUGGUAACUAUGGAAACCAUUGAGUUUUAAGGCUGUCCGGCUCUUGCUGCAGUCCAGUUGCAUGUGCGUCCACUGUGUUUACAAAUAAUCCCUCUAUAAGUGGGAAGUUUCUGCAACUCCACCAUCAGUUUCAGAUCCAAAGAGCAAACACCGUCAGGAUGAUUAGCUUGUCAGCAUUGAUGCAGGUAGAUUGAUAUUCUGGAAAGAGCAAAAGCGACACUGCCAAUCAGGAUUUCACGCAAUAACCUUAAUUGUAAGCACACAUGUGAAAGUGCAAUCUGUUUUCUUUCCCAAUCAUUCUGAGCGGAUCACACAAUAACUCUGAAUGGUGACUGUUAUUUAGGAGCUGCGAUCCGGUUAUCGUACAAUUGUGUUUAUCAACCUCAAACGCAGUUACUUACACUUUUUCUCAUCCUCUUUGUGUUGAUAAAUACAACUAGUAGGUUUUACAUUUGCAAGCAAACAACUCCCAACUCUUCUCGUCUCCCAGCAACCUACAUGCGUAGUUUGGAGGUGUGUGUUCUUCACCCUGGAUAACGCCUUGUACACACGUAGCCAGGUCUUCGUAAAAACAAAUAUCUCUGCCACGUCCAAACUGGAUCUGUUUCAGAAAGGGUUUUCAUCCACAUGAACCCACACAAAUAUGAGACUCAGCGUUACUUUAAAUAUGUCAAACCUAUAGGGGGCAGUGUAGGGCAAAGCUAAAACCUACAUCAGCCAAUUUCUUCAAAACAAUUUCCUGUUAGGAAUUAAACAUGGCGCCAGGUGGUUUGUGUGGACAGAUAUACUUUUAACUACCAUAUUAGAAUAUAAAUUUAAUAAAACAACACAAUGUUGUUUGGGAGUCAUGUCAAAGCAAGUAUGUAGAUAUAUUGGCACAUUUGGUGCAGACUGUAAUGGCCAUAACCCUAAAUCUCAUGCAAGCAUGAAUACGGACUUUUCUCAAAUCUCCACCUUGGUCUUUUAUAAACUGUUUUUAGUGAUAUUAAACUGGGUUUUGUUUGGAUGAAAGGCCAAAACAAGCAAAAAUGUAUUUGUUUUUCCAGAUAUCUGGCUACUUGCGGACAAGGCCUUUGAUGUAAUUGGAGCCUAAGUGGUUUUAGUUUUAGUCGGUCCACUCUCAAGUUGUAAGUCAGCAUUUCUGAUUUGUAGGACUAGUGCACUACCAACUGAUUGGUCGAAUGGGGAAAAACAGGCAUCAGAUUUCAAAAUGUCUUUGCAUAUUUAUUUAUUUUUUUAGUCAGUUCAGCCUUAUUAACAGAUAUUGCAGUGCUUAUCUCCGCCCUGAAGUCUUACUACUUUCACAAUAAUAAAAAUACCAGUAGGCAUUUCGUUCCAUAUAACACAGUAGGAGUGUAACCGGAAAACCUUUUAUGGAUGCAAACGCAAGAACCCCCCACUUGAUGACUUGGUGUUUCUGUGUUUGAUUUGAUGUAAAGCACUUUGAAAUGCCUUGCUGCUGAAAUGUGCUAUACAAAUAAAAUUUGAUUUGAUUUAAUGAUUAUACGUUUGAUUAGAUUCUACCAUUUAAUGAUUUAUUUUCUUCCCAAACUGUGCAAAUAUAUGGAUUUACGUUUAAAGUCGUACAUUGAGUCGUUGAGCUUCCUUCAGGAUAUUAUUUUUGCAUUAAUGUUCUUAAUUGAUGACUGUUCAUAUUCUCUAAAAAAGGAUUUUAAAAAUAACUUUAAAAUUAAAACUCUGAAGCCAGAUCACUUAAGUCAAACUUUGAUACAUGUUGUAGAAACUUCACAAUCAGAAACCAGAACAUGACCUGUUCAAAGAUGUCACAAUCGUAAGGCAGCUGUGAAUUUUACUUCACUUCACAUUAUAACCAGCAACAAUAUUUAUCUCACCUAAAAAUGUACUUAUUUUAAAAAUUAUGCAGCGUAUUAAAAUAAAUAAAGCCAUAAAACAUUAGAAGAAAAAUAUUUUAACAGUAUUCACCUCAAAGUUCAAGUUUACUUCUGGUUUAACGUUGAAACUAAUAAUAUAAAAGCCAUUUAAACUUGAAGGACAGUCUGAAACUAAAUGUGCCUAUCAAAUGAGGACAAAGUUGACAUUAUUUUUUUUAUGGAUGUGUUUUUAAUGCUGUGAGGGCUAAACACCAGAUAAAAUCAGCAGAAAAAGAUAGUUCAAAAAUAAUUUUUAAACAUUAACAGAAAAUCUUAUAAGCACAAUUCAAAGAAAUGUGGAUUUGCUUGCAUUUUGAACUUUCUUUUCCGAAUAGAACAGCCACAAGACGGGUUUGUGCUUCUUUAUAAAACGUAAAUAGAUAUACAGCAAAUAAUGACCAGAACUCAAGUUGAUUUAAAGCUGCAUUCGGAUUUACUGACGGUUUAAAAAAUAAUCCAUUCAUCAAAGGACAAAGCAUCUGCAAAGUGUGAAGGUUAUAUAAAUGAGAGUCAAUUGUUGGCAAGAAUGAGAUUACAAAAAAAGGCGUUUGAGCAUUAUGGUGGCACUUUAGGUUCGCCUGGUUGAGCCUGAUUCACGAAGAAGGCAGUUAUGCAUCCGAGCAAAAUGUCUGGCUAUAUUUCAGGGUUAUAGUUUUGCAGAACAAGUGGAAACAAAAGGUAUUUUAAAAAAAUAUCGAGAUGUAAAAAUUAUAAAUACAAAAAAAGUGUAAAGCAUAUUUUUCCUUUCAAUUUAAUGAAAACCAAUGCAUUGUCAAUUUGUGAAAUAUUCACAAAACUGAAAACUUUUCUGGGGUUUUUUGCACUUCCGUCUUUGCUGGAACAGUUUAUCAGAUGUAAAGUAACUACCUAAAAUUGAUGAGUGUUUGGAAAUUUUCAGUUUUUUGUGCAGCAUUUGCUUCGCUUGGAAUCGAGUGUAACGGUGUAGAAAAGAAAUGGCAAAGGAUAGGACUGAGAUUGUUUUAGGCAAAACAAACUUACAUGAAAAUGUCUGAAUUUGCACAGAAAUGUAACAAUAAAACAUUGUAUAACCUAGUUGGGCAAUUUAUCAAUAAUAAAAAAAAGGGAUUUGGGGGUUAAAAGUGUAAAACAAAAUUCCAGUUUUUGUCAAAAAUUCACAAAAUCAGUCCAACUGACAACUUUUGGGGGGUAUUUUUAAAUUUAUUUAUAUAUUUACUAUUUUCCCUGCUGGUACAUUUUACUGGAUGUAAACUAAUCAUGUAAAAUUUGGAAAUGGUUGUAAAUGUUCACCGUUUUUAGUGCAGCUAAUAUCAGUUUGGUAAAAAAAAUUCCGCUUUGGUUCGUGAAGGAAGACUGGAAGAGCGAAGGAAAGCAAUGGCCAGAUUACAACUGACAUGGUUCUAGGCAAAGCAACACAAAACUUAACAAAUUUACACAAAAAUGUCAAACUUUGCAACGAAAUAUAAAGAUAGAUUUUAAAUAACCAAUGUAGGCAGUUUAUCAGUAAAAAACAGUUGAUUUGUGGAUUAGUUAGACUUUAAGUAAAUCUUAAAACAUAAUAAAUAUUAAAAGAUAUAAACCAUUUGCUGAUUUUCAAAGAAAAUUUUGUCAGCUGUCAAAAUCACAAAAUUGGUCUAAAAUGGGAAACUUUUGAGGGGUAAUUUUUAUUUACUUUUUUUUUUGGUCUUGCUGGUUUGGACUACCAGAUGUAAACUAAUCACAUUAAUUUGGGAAUGCUUGUAAAUUUGCCCAGUUUUUUGUGCAGCAUAACGAACAUAGUUGACUCAUUUGGCAAGAAAACAAAUAAAUCUACUUCUUACAACAUCUAUCACCUUUAGACGCCCAAGUUUCCUACUUAAUGAUGGCAUUAAAUGCACUUUGGACAACUUAGAGUGAGGCAAGCCAUAUUUACGCUACUGAAAUAUACAGUAUUUAAUACUAAGUAAAUCAUGUAUGAGCUGGAUUUUAGCCACUUUCCCUGCGUUUCUACCUCCAUCUCUCAGGCCCACAACAAAAGUUUUUCUUUUUUGUUUUUUAAGGCAUUCUUUUGCAUCUUAAUGCUCCACCACACAUAUAACAAGUCGACACUCAAUGGUUCUCAGUGGUCACAAAAUAAAAUCAUCAGUACAAGAAUUUUAUAAAUGUACAUGCUCUGUUUGCUUCUUUAUCUGUGAUGCGUUUUAGUUUACUUUUGUUAAGGAUUUGUGCGUUUUCUUCACAACUUCUUACUGUGUUUCGGAUGUUUUGAGGUGGAAAAAUGUUAAAGGUGCUAUGUGUAGUAUCCUCUAAGAGAAUAUGUGUUGGUCUUGAAUAAAACCACUGUUCAGGCCUGAGCAGUGGUUAAUUACCUCUGGUCAUUAGACAAAACAAUGGUUCUGGCUUUGCUGAGAAAUCCUGAAAAAUGCACUUUGAUUGUUGGACAAAGUGUGCAAAGUUGGUCACGUUUGCCUCUUUUCUUGCUGUCUGGAAGCCACAUUUCCAGAAAACGACUCUAAAGUGGCUCAUUGUGACUUUAUGUUGUAGCACUUGUUAAUCUGUUUGGUAAAAUAAUGUCCAGCGACAAAUCCUACACACAAUACCUUUAAGUGAAAGACCUGUUUGGAUUUUUUCCUUAUUGUAAACAUGAGUCUAAUGUAUUUUUUUUUCUCAUUUUUCUGGUGUUUUUAAAAAAAACAUUUUCAUAAAAAAAAGCUAGAAAUACAAAACAUUGCUGAUUUAUUAAUUUCUGUAAUUUUAUGCUUUGUUGAAAGUGUAUACACAUUGUGGGCGGUGUUUCUGGUAAUGCUUAUGUUUUGUUAAUUUAUUACCUAAAUGUUGAAAUAUUUACAUUUCAAAUAAAAAACAAAAUAAAAUAAAAAACUUGGUACAAACAUACAGUGAUAAUUUAAACAUUGCAUGUGCACUAACUGUGUUGAAAUAAACUGCAUAAGUUCAAAUAAAAUGUGUUUAAUGCCCAAAA